AAAAAAUGGUUAGUUUUGACGUAACAAGUCUUUAUACUAAAAUACCAAUCAAUAUGGCACUGGAGGCAGUCAGAAAUCAACUAGAUACUGACUCACAACUUACUCAAAGAACCAAGGCAUCGGUUGGUGAAAUCAUGUUAGGAGUGCAGUUAUGCUUAACCUCGACAGUCUUCAAGUUUCAGGGAAAGAUAUACAGACAAACAGAAGGAGUAGCAAUGGGAUCACCAAUAUCCCCUAUAGUAGCAGAUAUAUUUAUGGAUAGUUGGGAAGAUAUGGCUUUACGAACAUAUAAUCCGACACCUAAGAUAUGGUGGCGAUAUGUAGAUGACACAUUUACAGUGUUGAAAUCGGAACAUAUCGACAGUUUCUUGACACACAUAAACUCAGUAGUUAACGCAAUCCAAUUCACUUACGAAGUAGAAAAUGAACAAGGAGAAUUACCUAUGUUGGAUUGCAGAAUAAAACGAAGGAUAGAUGGUGGUUUAGAUACUACCGUCUACAGAAAACCAACACAUUC